GUCGGGUGGCUGAGCCUUGACUUCAUCGGAGGAAGGAGGAAGGGGAGACUUCAUCGGGGAAAUGGGGGAGGAGAUAAAUCUGGCCGGCGCCGGCGGAGGGGAGGUGAAGCAGGAGGUGGGGGAGGAGGAGGAGAUCGAGUUCGAGCCGACGGAGGACGAGCUGGUGCUGCACUUCCUCCGGCCGCAGCUGCGCGGGUUCGCGCCGCGCGUGGCGGGCGCGGUGGUGGAGGCGGACCCGUGCGCCGCGCCGCCGUGGGAGCUGCUGGAGCGGCACGGGCUGCUGCGGCGCGGGCACGGCUACUUCUUCGCGGCGCGGCGGCGCGGGAAGGGCGCCCAGGCGCGGCGCACCCCGGAGGGCGGCGGCGGCACGUGGAUGCACAGCGGCAACAGGGAGGACCGGCGGUCCGUGACGGAGCUGGGCGUGGUGGCGCGCUGGUCCAUGACGCGGUACUGCUUCUACGCACGCGACGGGGCGCAGGGGCGGCGGAGCACCGGGUGGGUGAUGUCCGAGUACGAGAUCACGGACCCGCGGUGCUACCGCCGCGCCGACGACGGCGAGGAGGACCACUACUGGGUGCUCUGCCACGUCCGCCGGAGCACCAGGAAGAACGUCAAGCCGCGCUCCCGGAGGCGGUAGGCUGCCGCGCCUCGGCUCGGUCGCCGACCAGCCGGCGCAAGGCGGAGAGGGUCACCGAGGAAUCUCGUUCUGCGUUUCUUGUGUUCGUCGCCCCGCUGUGUGAUCUGUCGUGUCGUGUCGGUCGGUCCGCGUGCGCCGCGUGCAGUGUAGAGAAGGAAAUAAAUGUGCGCGCUGUUGCGAUCUUGGGCCUCUCCCUUCCCUUGGUUUCUCCGCAACGGAAUUUUGGGGAAAGGAUCGGAUGUCACGAAGCUACAGUGUAAUCCCAGUGCAAAACAAAGAAAUGAUGUCACGGGCACUUUAGCAAAGACACUGUGCGCAAUUACUGUUCAUAGAAAAUAAAAUCCGAAAUUAAUUUUAUUGCACCAUAAUUUUGU